UAGUAGUUACUAUAACUGUAAUCAAAACAAUAAACUUUCUCCAAGACAUUGCUUCAACUCUUCAAAUACUGAAUGUCAACUCAACAUUUUUAACUGAACAUAGCAGUAAAUCAAUCUCAAGUUUACACAGUUGUAAAUUUGCUAACUCAUUUAUAAAUCGCCAAACUAACUCGAUUCACCAAUUUAAACUCAAACUCAAACUUGUCAAUUUUUCUUUGAAGUGAGCUAAUUUUAUAAUUUUCAGGUACCCUACUUAAGAUUUCUAUGACGAAUUUGUGAAUUGAAUUGCUAACUUUAAGUGGAGGCCUACUCAACUUGUCAGUUUUCAAGUGAUUUUGUUACAAGUGAACAAGACAUUAAUUUGAUUACUGCUUAAUAUUAUCUCCAGUACUAUCGCAAGAUUCACUUUAAGCUGUCAUAGGCAUUUCUUAUAAAAUAAUAGCAUCAAUGCUUUUCAUUCAAUUAAUGCUGACAGAUUGAAGUGAAUCUGAUAGCUUUGAAUUGUUUUCACCAAUUCUUUGAUUGGAUUUGUACAACGCGUACUGUAGUGAAAUUGAAAUAAAAACCUUGGUUUUACGAGAUAGGCCUAGUAAUAAUUUUCUGUCAAUUCGCAAGCAAUUUGCUUAUUUGUGAAAUUGGUUCAGCUUAAGUAGAUUUGUUCAGUACGUUGCCAAACAAGGUACUAGAGCUAGACUAAUAUACCAAGCUUGAAGUUUCUGUAUUCACAAAGGAUGAUAUAAUAGCUAUUUAUUUCUUUGUGUUCUAAACAAGUUUUGUGCCAGUGCUCUAUCGCAAAGGUGUUAAACAACUUGUUACUGUAAUUAUUGUAUCAGUUUGUUUUUGUCUACGCUACAAUCUACUUCAAGUUGAAAUAACGCUGAACAAAUAUUCAUACAUUAAUUUAUUGACACAAUAAGAUUGUGAAUUCAAUUGAAUUAGGUACUAUCAUAUUGCUGAGAAGUUGGAUAUUUUUCUAGGAUGAAAUUGGAUAGUGAACAAAAGAGGGUUGAACUCCACGUCCAUCUUGAUGGAGCAAUUAGACAUGGAACCAUCUACGACUUGAUGAGAAAAAAUGACAUGAAAUUGCCUGGAGAUGGCAGUUUUGAAGCUCUUAGCAAAGCUCUGACAGUCACUGAACCAAUAGAUUUGGCAAACUUUUUGAAGCCAUUUGGAAUCUACAUACAAGCUUUGAAGAGUUUGGAAGCAGCAGAGCGAGUAGCCUAUGAGUUCAGUGAAGAGAUGAGUAAAAAUAAAGUGGCCUACGCUGAAGCUAGGUACUGCCCACACAAUUUUUUGCCCGAAAAUCAAAAGGAGGUUUCAAAAUCAACAGGUUUGAAGCAAGUGGUGGAAGCAGUUACAAGAGGUUUUACAAGAGGGGAGGAGGAUUUUGGAGCUAAAGUGAGAUCGAUUCUGGUGGGAUUCAAUGGUGAAGACUCGGUCGAUGAUGUUUUGAAACUUGCACAUUACUUCAAAGGUGAAGGGGUGGUGGGAAUCGAUAUGGCCACUAAACAGAAUCUUGGAUAUAAUCCAGAGGAAGUAAAACUCAACUCUCAGGCGAUUUGUUGCUACGAAGAAGCCAGAAAAUGUGGAAUUCAUAGAACUUUGCAUGCUGGUGAAUCAGGGGGCCCUGAAAUGGUACAAAGGGCACUGGAAAUAUUCCAUGCUGAACGGAUAGGACACGGCUAUCACACUGUAGAAGAUGAGAAGCUGUUUCAAAAUUGCUUGAAAGAUCGGGUGCAUUUCGAGACGUGUCCUCAUUCCAGUAUUCUCACUGGUGCUGUAAAACUCAAUGACCACAAAAAGCAUCCCAUUAUCAGAUUUGCAGAAAAUGAUGCGAAUUUUUCGAUAAGUAGUGAUGAUCCGACUGUUAUUAAUAAAUGGGUUGACAGUGACUAUCAACUGCUACAAGAAUGGGGACUCAAUUCUCAUCACUUCAAAAAAGCUAACCUGAAUGCAGCUGAAGCCUGUUUCCUACCUCAGGAUGAGAAAGCACAACUUGUGGAAACCAUGAAGAAACUAUGGACAUGAUUUUUCAAUAAAAAGAAAAAUUUGAAGAGAUAGAUUCAUAGUUUUCUUGUUACAGUAAACUAAUAUUCCAAAAUCUGA